UUCCACACCUACGACAUCUACGCCCACCAUGUCGCUACCAACAAUUUCUAGCCCCACUAUUUCUUCAUCCACCACUUCUACACACACCACUUCCACACCUAGGACAUCUACACCCACCAUGUCGCUACCAACAAUUUCUAGCCCCACUAUUUCUUCAUCAACCAGUUCUACAUCCACCACUUCCACACCUACGACAUCUACACCAACCUUGUCGCUACCAACAAUUUCUAGCCCCACUAUUUCUUCAUCGACCACAUCUACACCCACCACUUCCUCACCUACGACAUCUACACCCACCAUGUCGCUACCAACAAUUUUUAGCCCCACUAUUUCUUCAUCGACCACUUCUACACCCACUCCUAACGGAUACAAUCUUUCACCAACCACAACAACUUCCAUACCAACCAGUGCUAUACCCAACCUUCCUACGCCGAUAACUUCUACGCCCACCUCUUCUAUUCCCAACACUUCCACACCCAUCAUUUCUACAUCCACCACUUAUACAUCCACUCCUAAAGGAUACAAUCUGUCACCAACCACAACUUCCACACCCACCAGUACUAUACACACCUCUCCUACCCCGAUAACUUCUACGCCCAUUACGAUUACACCCACCACUUCUACACCCACGACUUCUACAACCACGCCAAAAAGAAUGAAUCUUUCACCAACAACUUCCACACCCACCAGUACUGUCCCCACCUCUCCUACACCGAUAACUUCUACGCCCGCCACUUAUAUUCCCAAAAUUUCGACACCCACGACUUCUUCACCCACUACUUCCACAACUUCUUCUAAAGGAUACAAUCUUUCACUAACCACAGCCUCCAAACCAACCAGUACUAUAUCCAAGGCUCCUACGCCGAUAACUUCUACGCCCGCCACUUUUACACCGACCACUCCCACAGGCACGACUUCUACACCUACAUCCACCUCUUCUACACCCACAACUUCCACCCACUUCACAUCUACCUCAUCAACUUCUACUUCCACAUUUUUUAUACCCACUACUUCUACAUCACCAACACCAACUACUAAUACAUCAACCACUACUACACCUACGUCUACCGCAAGACCGAUAGCAUCAACACUCAGGACUACGACAACACGUACUACGCCUGCUGCGACUUCUUCCACAGCGACUUCUGUCCCUGCUUCCAGACCAACAGCAGAUGUUCCGGUAACAUACGGUAAAUCAACCGUCAAACAGGAAAUAGACACAUCGAAACCUCGCUUAGAUAUUGCGGUAUUUCAACUUAGCUUCAACAUACAAGUUAUGGACGGGUUUCACCCCGCUUUGGAAGACAAAUCAAGCGCUAUGUACCGACUCUACAACAAGGAGUUCAUCACGAAGUUAACCAGUGCGUAUGCGAAUAUUCCUGGUUUCGUAUCUGUGGAAAUUGUGGGAUUCAAAUUUAGAAAUGGAAGCAUUGUUUGCGAUCACCGGUGCAUCGUGCGAGCAGCUGAAAGUCCUGAUGUUAUAAAGAACUACAUAGUACAGAAUGUCUCCAGAAGCAUCAAUAAUAUGACAUUCAACGGCAAGGCCCUGAAGACACCGUUCUUGGUUUCGAACAACGUUACUGCAGCUUUGAAGACCAUGGACAACAAAUGCAAUGCUAUAGGGAUAUGUGAUCGAGGUUUCCGUUGCUUCAACGGUUCGCAUCAACAAGUAGUUCGGUGUCAGUCGCCCUGUUCAGUGGACUACUGCAGUAAUGGUCGCUGUUAUGUUGACUCGAAUGACCAACCCAAAUGCAGCUGCUAUAAUUCAACAACCUUCGCCUACUCUGGAGAUAGAUGUCAAACCAAAUCAGAAAAACUUUCCAUGAACAAGAAUGACAUCAUCGCAAUUUCGGCUGGAAUAGGAGGAGGGCUACUCCUGCUGCUAAUUAUCGCCGUGGUGUGUAUGUGCCUUGGCAGAAAGAAACUGAAGCAGCAACGCAAUCAUCACACGUAA